GGGCGGUCUGCACGUCGCCCCUCCCCGCUGUGUGCACCGCACUCGGUGAACACGGAACUGGUACUCCAUCUCUGCAGACACAAGAGGGAAGGUGAAACGCUGAAGACAUUAUCGUUUUGGACUGACUGGCGUUUGUGUUGUCAUUAACGAUGUUCCGCUUGCGGGCAUUGUCCGCAGUUUCGGUGGGGCUAACGCAGUUGACCCGCCGUUACAACAGUGGGGCUGUGCGAGGGUCUGGCCAGAGGAGGCUGAAGCUGGCUGCCCUGGCUGGGGUCACUGGUGUGUCUGCCAGUGCUGGACUGCUCUGGCAAAGAGCAAAUAAUGAGGCGGGGCCUUCCGUUCAACACUUUGAGCAAACAGCCGGAGAGGGGGUGGAUUUCGUGAAGGAUGCCGAUGCCGAGACGGAGUCGGAGAAAUCGGUAGAGGCCAGCAGCGGAGACGAAGAAAUAACGGAAGGCGGUGAGGAAAAAAAAAAGAAGCAACGCUCUGGAUUCCGUGACCGCAAGGUGAUGGAGUAUGAGAACAGGAUAAGAGCCUACUCAACCCCAGACAAAAUAUUUCGCUACUUUGCCACGCUGAAGGUCAUCGGCGAGCACGGUGAUGCUGAGGUUUACAUGACGCCGCAGGACUUCAUACGCUCCAUCACUCCUAACGAGAAGCAGCCUGAGAGUCUAGGACUGGAUCAGUUCAUUGUGAAGCGCUAUGAUGGAAAGGACUUCUGGCAGACGGAGAAGAUCGCCCAGGAGAGGGAGAAGUUUGCAGACGAGGACAGCAUAUUUUUCUCAUUGGGAGAAUGUGGCCUUAUCUCCUUCUCUGACUACAUCUUCCUCACCACCGUGCUGUCCACUCCCCAGAGGAACUUUGAGAUUGCAUUCAAGAUGUUUGAUCUGAACGGGGAUGGAGAGGUGGAUCUGGAGGAGUUUGAACAGGUCCAGAGCAUCAUCCGGUCCCAGACCAGUAUGGGCAUGCGACACCGCGACCGCUCUACCACAGGAAACACGCUGAAGACGGCCGGCUGCAGCUCUGCUCUCACCACGUACUUCUUUGGAGUAGACCUGAAGGGAAAGCUCACCAUCGGCAGCUUCCUGGAGUUUCAGAGGAAACUUCAGCACGACGUGCUCAAACUAGAGUUCGAGAGGAAUGAUCCUGUGAAAGGCAAAAUCAGCGAGAGACAGUUUGGGGGCAUGCUGCUGGCAUACAGCGGCGUCCAGUCCCGUAAACUCAAGCAGAUGCAGAAGGGCUUGAAGAAGAUGUUUAAGGAUGCACAGGGCAUCACAUUCGAGGAGGUGGAGAAUUUCUUUACUUUCCUAAAGAACGUGAACGAUGUGGACACGGCGCUGAGUUUCUACCACAUGGCCGGAGCCUCCAUAGAUAAAGUUACCAUGAAGCAAGUGGCCCGCACCGUGGCCAAGGUGGAGCUGUCGGACCACGUGUGUGACGUGGUGUUCGCUCUGUUCGACUGCGACGGGAAUGGAGAGCUGAGUAAUAGGGAGUUCAUCGCCAUUAUGAAGCAGCGGCUAAUGCGUGGGCUGGAGAAACCCAAGGACAUGGGCUUCACCCGGCUGGUGCGUGCCAUGUGCAAGUGUGCCCAAGACACCGCCUGGGACUUUGCCGUACCAAAGUCAUAAAGAGACGGAGGGCUAAGUGUGCGCAGGAGAUGGACGGCGUGUGAAUAAAGCAACAACACCAGUAGCACCAACAGGUCUCCACGAUACAAACACAUUAAUGCAAUGAACUCAUUAGGACUGCAGAGGGGCUUCAUCCACCGUAAACGCAUGUCGCUGUAGUUCAAAACAUCAAUAAGGUGACUGAAGCGACUGAAGCAUGCUGACUCAGCGCACCGUUUCCUGAAAACGCUUCUCUAGCAUGCCUGUCCAAGGCAUCAUGGGUAUGUUUUAAAAUAUACAAGGUUUGUACGUUUAUUUUUGCCAUAUUCUAUUUAGAGGAAUGCAGUGUCAGCAGGUAUGACCCUUAAGUCAAAUGCUAAAAACAGCACUUUUAUAUCUGCAUUCAACACAUUUUACUGAAGAAACAGACAGGAAGUGGAAUUAAACUUCAGCUGUAUAAAUGCGGCAGUAUGUCCAUUCUAUACCAAAAACAGACCCUUAGUUAUUUCUUUGCUGGGGCAGAGGUCAGUGAUCUUGUUAGCAUCUCUUCAUUCAGUCUGCUAGCUCCAGCUGCAUCUUCAUUCUGUCCCAUAAAAGAUCAAUAAUGCUCAUCCUGCUCUACAAUGUACUGUUCAAAGUGUGUAUUUUUAAUUAUGAUUUCCAACUGAAACACUUUAUAUGAGAUGGAUGUUAAAAUAAAUGCUAUAUUAAAGAUGUUUUUAAUAAUGAA